GGAGCGCUGUUGUUGCACUCUGAGCUCGUGUCAGCAAAAGUGCAGCAGUAAACUAACGUUACCUGCUGUCAGACUCCACUGUCACCAUGAAGACGACUGUUGUGUUCGCUUUUUUAGCCUGCCUGGCUGUUUCAGCACUGUCAUUGGCUGAAGAUGAAAAAAAGGCCAAACCUCCUGCAACCAUGUCCCCUGCCAUUGAGUUCAGCCCCCAAGCUUCAUCUGGUACCACCACGACAAUCAUCCCCAAACCUACAACUACGACCCCCAAACCUACAACUACGACCCCCAAACCUACAACUACGACCCCCAAGCCUACAACUACGACCCCCAAGCCUACAACUCCGACCCCCAAGCCUACAACUACGACCCCCAAGCCUACAACUCCGACCCCCAAGCCUACAACUCCGACCCCCAAGCCUACAACUACGACCCCCAAGCCUACAACUACGACUCCCAAACCUACAACUACGACCCCCAAGCCUACAACUACGACCCCCAAGCCUACAACUACGACCCCCAAGCCUACAACUACGACUCCCAAGCCUACAACUACGACUCCCAAGCCUACAACUCCUCCUCAACCUACUCCCCCCACCAACUUGACUGUAGGAAACUACACCCUGAUGGCAGACAAAACAGUUAUGUGUGUGAUGGCUCAAAUGGCACUGCAGAUCCGACUGGCAACACCAAAGGCCAAUGGAACCUUCAUUGUUCAACCAAAGUCUACACAUAUAGAAGGAGUUUGUCAGGCAACCAAGGCCAACCUUACCAUUGAAUUCAAAGAGGGCUUCAUCACCUUCAUGUUCAACAAGAGCAUUGAGAAAAAUACCGUCUACGUUGAUGCUUUGUCUUUCACCCUCAACUACCCCUUAGACAAAAAAGUUGCAAACGGACCCCCGUACACUGCCAACAACAAGUCAAUGAAUCUCUUCGCUGCAACGAUCGGACACUCCUACUCCUGCAAGCGUGAAUCACUCUACAUGGGGAACGGACUGUACCUGGAUGUCAAUCAAGACCGGAUGCAAGCCUUCAAUCUGACCAAGAGCAACGAGUUUGGCACUUCUGACAUCUGUCCGGCUGACAAGCCUGACUACCGCGUUGCCAUUGCGGUGGGUGUGACGUUGUUGGUGCUCAUCAUCAUCGUGGUGGUGGCCUACCUGCUGGGCCGCAGGAAGAGGGCCGAUGGCUACCAGUCUCUGUGAGGGAGGCCGGGCACACUUCAAUCAGAGGUUACUCCUAUUAUAAUCAGUGAGGCUGUGAUCUCACUCAGGGGCUAAGGGGCAUUCCCACUAAAGCCUAACGUGCCAUUUCUCUGUUCUUUCAUGAUUUGGUUUACCCAAUUUACUGUUAUUAACAGUGUUUAAACUAGGGGUCCCGAGUAUGGAGGCCAGAGUGUGCCAAUGGAAUAAUUGUAGACCUUAAAAGUGUUUGAUAGUAAUGAAACUGAUGAACUUAAAUUGAUCCAUUUAAAUGCUAUUAUAUAAAUUGAUUAAUCAAAUUACAAUUCAAACACUUGCAUUGAUAAAGUCAAAGUGAAAAAUAAAUAGAUAUUUAAACUUGCCAAUUAAUUCAUCUAUUUUGUCUUUAAAUGCUCAAUCAAUCAUUGAAUUUUAAGAUGGAGUCACAAAAUACGUUUUAAAGGGCAUUUAGACUUAUCUUUUAGUUAUCUCAUUUACUGACUUGUCUGUCUAUCAUAUUCCCUUAUCCAAUUCGUCUGUUUCCUUUUUAAACAUUUAGAGUUGUGAACGAUUUGAUUGAACAACUCUUGUAUCUUUAAUUUAAAGAUGCUUAAACAUUGUGUCACCUAAAAGUUAGAUCUAAAGUCAGCUUCUUGUUUGGAUGGACUGUAGAUCUUACUUUUAGGUGACACAGUGCUUAAACAUCUUUAAAUUAAAUAAA